AUCAGUAUUCCCUCUGUUCUGCUCCUGCAGCUAGAGACAGCAUCUCAAGAACAUGUCCCAAAUGAUGUCCAAAGCUGUUUACGACAAGAGACAGCCGAAGGGUCAACAGCCCACCUACAAGGGCUGCUGCUGCAAGCGCUCGCAGUGCAUAAAAAAUUAUUGCGAUUGCUAUCAGUCCAUGGCCAUAUGCACCAAGUUUUGCAAGUGCAUAGGGUGUCGCAAUACGGAGGUGCGGAAGGUUGUCAACUCAGGUCCCGUAAAAUCCGCAAGUAGUGCUAAGCGGGAGCGGGCGGCGGCGAUGACAGCCAAGGCAGCUGCUGCGGCAGCCAAGGCGGGCAUCGAUGUGAGCGCGAAGGCUGGAAUGGGACCAAUGCCGAAUGUUUUGGGCUCUGCUGCCGGACCAGGUUUCAUGUGCGGCCUACAAAUGCCGUACGGAUUCAUGAACGCACAGCCUUCGCCAGCAAUGAACUUGGUUCCAGGACCCAAUGUGAUGAACAUGCCAGCAAUGACGCCAUUCCCGGCACAGCCCUUUAUUCCACAAAUAACAACAAUGGCACCAGUUGCGGUCGUCUCAGGAGCACGACCAUCCCAGUUUAAUGGGUUGGCCAAGCCACAGCUGCCUCCUGAACCAACUGACACCAACAUCUUAACCCCACAAAUCAAUGCAGCUUUACUGGAUUGCAUGUAUAUGCAGGCCGCCGAUGCCGAAGAGGCUGGCCUGGAGGAGGUGGAGGUGGGGCAGCUGGUGAUGCAUGAGUUUGCGUGUGGCCUUACUAGCAUUAUGAGUUCCAUGCCAAAUCAGUAGGCACAACCAUUUCAAAAAAUAUAUCCAAUAUUAUU